ACUCUCAUAGGUCUUGAUAAUAAUGUAAAUGAAGUUCAGAACAAACUUGAUACCAUAAUCCAGGAGUUGAACAUUUUAAGAAUCCGACAACCAAAUCAUAUCCAUACGCAGAGAGUCGAACCAAAUCAUUUAUAUGAUCCUCUUAUUGGUCAAAUGAGUCGUGGUUCAGAAAAUUAUCCUAUUCUUAGGAAAUUCCUUAACAAUUGUGUAGAUGUUGCAUGUAAACCUAUUAGAGAUGAUCAAAAU